AUGGCCGCGACAGCUCUCCUCCAGACGACCACCACGGGCCGUGUAGGAGGACCGUCCUCUACGACGCCCUCCCAGAACGCGCCGCCGACUGCUGAGCAGAAGGACAAGGACAACAUGGCUGCCGCGCAACCUCAGACUGCGGAGGAGGGGAAGCAGUUCGUGGCCCGCUACUCCGACCAGCAACACCCUCUCCCCCCGAGCGAGAUACAGCAAGAUCCGCGGAAUAAGGACCUCGGCCGCACAUCUAGGGGCUUGAGCGUCCGCGACUUUGAGUUGGUGAGGACUUUGGGAACGGGGACCUUUGCAAGGGUAUGGCUCGUUCGGCUUGCGAAUCCCGCAGAGGAGGAUCAGGAGAAGGUUUAUGCGCUGAAGGUGCUGCGGAAAGUCGAAGUUAUCAAGCUGAAGCAGGUCGACCAUGUUAACCACGAGCGCUCCGUCCUCGCAGAUGUCGCGGGACACCCGUUCAUCACUACUUUAAUAACGUCUUUUUCUGACCACGAUUCUUUAUAUAUGCUUUUGGAUUAUUGCCCUGGCGGUGAAGUCUUCUCCUAUCUUCGCAAAGCCAAACGAUUUGAUGAACAUACUGCGAGAUUCUAUGCUGCAGAGAUUGUGCUUAUACUUGAAUUCUUACACGAGAGCGAAGGAGUCGCGUAUCGGGACCUAAAACCCGAAAACUUGUUGCUCGAUGCCGAGGGUCAUAUUAAAUUAGUGGAUUUUGGCUUUGCGAAGAGACUUGGAAACAGGGAAACUUAUACAUUAUGCGGAACACCAGAGUAUUUAGCACCAGAGGUCAUCCAGUCGAUGGGUCAUACAACAGCAGUUGAUUGGUGGGCGCUGGGGAUAUUGAUAUAUGAAUUCCUAACAGGAUAUCCGCCGUUUUGGAAUUCGAAUCCGAUCGAAAUAUAUAAACAAAUCGUAUCUAAACCCGUCCUCUUUCCCACCGAGCCGGCCAUCUCCCCCGAAGCGAAAGAUAUAAUCCGACAAUUCUGCACAGUCGACCGCUCCCACCGACUAGGCAACAUCUCAGGCCGCGCCGAACGCGUCAAAAGCCACCCUUUUUUCCGCGGCGUCUACUGGGAUGAUGUGUACUAUCGGAAAUAUAGGGGCCCAAUCAUACCUCCUGUGAGAUAUCCCGGGGAUGCCCAGUGCUUUGAUCAGUAUCCCGACGAGAAGGCGGAGAGGGAGCCGUACGAUGAUGCGAUGAAGAAGCAAUGGGAUGAUCAUUUUAAGGAUUUCUGA